CUAGGCGGUGUACACGCGGUGUCGGCCGGACUCAUUCGUCCGCUGUUGAUUCCACGGGGACUGGAGCCUUCCAUCUCGUCUGGGUGUGGGACUCGCGGUGCGCUGUCGUGCAGCUCUUCGGCCAAGGGUCCUGUUGCUACGAGGCUCCCGGUGUGCGUUUGCGUUGGAAAUCUCAACCACUUCAGCUGGCUACGGAAUGAUUCCAGGGAUGAUUCUUCAGACGCAGUUCUGGGAUACUAACCCGCCGACGGGUCCGACUGACAGCUGGACCAUCCACGGACUCUGGCCGGACCACUGCGACGGCUCGUACUCAAGUAACUGCGAUUCGUCCCGCGAUUACACGAACAUCGGCAGCCUCCUCAGUGCCCAAGGCGGUAGCUCAACACUCAGUUACAUGAACAAGUAUUGGAAAAACGACCCGAACGACGGCUCCGACUCCGAGCUCUGGGCGCACGAAUGGGCCACUCACGGCACAUGCUACAGCACGCUCGAGCCGUCGUGUCUCCCGUCGGGCAGCCCGCGCGGCGCCGAGGCCGUCGCGUUCUUCGAGACCACCGUGGGCUUGUUCAAGUCUCUGCCGACGUACACGUGGCUCAAAGACGCUGGAAUCACCCCCGGAAGUGGGACACACACGCUGGCUAGCCUGAAUGCGGCGAUCAAAGCUGGAGCCGGGGUCACGCCGGCCUUCGACUGCUCAGGAAGCGACCUCGGCGGUGUUUCGUACUACUACCAUCUCCGUGGAAGCAUGAUCGACGGAGAUUUUGAACUCAUCGACUCGCCGGAGAGCUCCAGCUGCCCUAAGAGCGGGAUCAGAUAUCUCAGCAAAUGAUUUCGUCGAACUGACGGUUGGAUCGAGAGAUACUUUGAUGUGUUCACUUCGAAUGAAUGAAUAAGACGUCAGAUUGAAACGACUCCGAGAACAGUCGAAAUAUUGAACAAUACCAUCUCCUUUGCUUCUAAGUCCGG